AUGGCCACAGCCGCCUCCAACCCCUACGGCCUGCUGGGCGCCGGAGCGCUCGCCCACGCCGAGGGCGCGGGCAUGCAACAGGUUAGCCCGUUCCGCAGCCCUCAGAAGCUGCUGCAGAGCGAGUACCUGCAGGGCGUCCCCGGCAAUGGGCACCCGCUGGGGCAUCACUGGGUGACCAGCCUGAGCGACGGCGCGCCCUGGCCCGCGGCGCUGGCGGGCGACCCGCCGGAGCAGCUCGACGUGAAGCCGGGCCGCGAGGACCUGCAGCUGGGCGCCAUCAUCCACCACCACUCGCCCCACGCCGACCACCCCAGCGCCUGGGGCGCCAGCCCGGCGCACAGCGCCUCGCUGGCCGCCCCCCCCGCCGCCGCGGCCGCCGCCGCCGGGCAGCCGCUGAGGGUGUACUCGCAGGGCGGGUUCGCGGUGGGCGGCAUGCUGGAGCACGGCGGGCUCACCCCGCCGCCCGACGCCGCCGCCGGCCAGGGCUUGCACCCGGGGCUGCGCGGCGAGGCCGGCGGCGAGCACGGCGAGCUGGGCGGCCACCACUGCCAGGACCACUCGGACGAGGAGACGCCGACCUCGGACGAGCUGGAGCAGUUCGCCAAGCAAUUCAAGCAGCGCCGCAUCAAGCUGGGCUUCACCCAGGCCGACGUGGGGCUGGCGCUGGGCACCCUGUACGGCAACGUCUUCUCGCAGACCACCAUCUGCCGCUUCGAGGCCCUGCAGCUCAGCUUCAAGAACAUGUGCAAGCUGAAGCCGCUGCUGAACAAGUGGCUGGAGGAGGCCGACUCCUCCACUGGCAGCCCCACGAGCAUCGACAAGAUCGCGGCGCAGGGGAGGAAGAGGAAGAAGCGAACCUCCAUCGAGGUGAGUGUCAAGGGCGUGCUGGAGACGCACUUCCUCAAGUGCCCCAAGCCGGCCGCCCAGGAGAUCUCCUCGCUGGCGGACAGCCUACAGCUGGAGAAGGAGGUGGUGCGGGUCUGGUUCUGCAACCGGCGGCAGAAGGAGAAGCGCAUGACCCCGCCGGGCGAGCAGCCGCAGCACGACGUAUACUCGCACGGCGUGAAAACGGACACGGCCUGCCACGACUUCUGACCACGGGCUGCGGCCACGGGACUGCCCGGCCGCAGGACUGCCCGCCGGGCUUUAACUUAUGGUUUCGAGAAACGCGGCGAGGGGUGCCCGCCGCCGCCUCGGCAAUAUUUUUUUCCUCUCUCCGACCUUUCCGCUGAUCACACAUGGUGUUUACUCGCAGACAAGGUUUGUUUUCCAUUCUCCGCUAGGACGAAGGAAAAA